AUGAUUCCAUCUGCCAAACAUCUGUCACAACUGGCAUUGGUUGUGCGUCAGAUACUCAUCAAACCAACGUACACCAGCUGGGAGGUUUUUGGACAGACCUUCUAUGGCCCCACGCACAAUUCCACUCGGCUGCGGUUGGCCUAUUUGAUGCGGUGA